UGGUGCCCCGGCCGAGCUUGGCCUCCAGGGGGGUGUGCCCCCGAAGGGAGCCUGCCAGGGUUUGGGGGAACCAUGCGGCGCCUGACUCGCCGCCUGGUGCUGCCGCUUUUCGGGGUGCUGUGGCUCACCGUGCUGCUGUUAUUCUGGGUGACCAAGAUAAAGUUCGAGGUGCCGGCCGCCGACCAAGUGCAGACUCCCAAGACCCUGGAUGCUGACUGGGAUGACCCCUGGGACAAGUUUGAUGAGCGGAAGUACCUGAAUGCCAAGAAGUGGCGAGUUGGCGAUGACCCCUACAAGCUGUACGCAUUCAACCAGCGGGAGAGCGAGCGCAUCUCCAGCAACCGGGCCGUACCAGACACUCGUGACAAGAGGUGUUCCCUGCUGACCUACUGCCGUGACCUGGCCCCCACUAGCAUCAUCAUCACCUUCCACAACGAGGCCCGCUCUGCGCUCCUCCGGACCAUCCGCAGCAUCUUGAACCGUACUCCUGCCAAGCUCAUCGAGGAGAUCAUACUCGUGGAUGACUUCAGCAAGGACCCUGACGACUGCAAAGAACUCAUGAAACUGCCCAAGGUCAAGUGUUUACGCAACACUCAGCGGCAAGGUCUGGUCCGGUCCCGGGUCCGAGGCACGGAUGUGGCCAAAGGUACCACGCUGACGUUCCUGGACAGCCACUGUGAGGUGAACAGAAACUGGCUGCAACCACUCCUGCACAGGGUUCAAGAAGACAACAGGCGGGUGGUGUGCCCAGUCAUAGACAUCAUCAACCUGGACACCUUCAGCUACAUCGAGUCGGCCUCGGAGCUCAGGGGAGGAUUUGACUGGAGCCUCCACUUCCAGUGGGAGCAGCUCUCCCCAGAGCAGAAGGCUCGGCGCCUAAACCCCACUGAGCCCAUCAGAACUCCUGUCAUCGCCGGGGGACUCUUCGUGGUGGACAGGAACUGGUUUUCACUCUUGGGGAAAUAUGACAUGGAUAUGGACAUCUGGGGCGGUGAGAACUUUGAACUCUCCUUCCGCACAUGGAUGUGUGGCGGCAGCAUGGAGAUCAUUCCCUGCAGCCGGGUGGGCCACGUGUUCCGAAAGAAGCAUCCAUAUGACUUCCCUGAUGGGAACACCAACACCUACAUCAAGAACACCAAGCGUACAGCGGAGGUGUGGAUGGAUGAAUACAAGCAGUACUACUACGCUGCCCGGCCCUUCGCCGUGGAGAAGCCAUUUGGGAACAUCGAGAGCAGAGCAGACUUAAGGAAGAACCUACGCUGCAGCACCUUCAAGUGGUACCUGGAGAACGUCUACCCCGAGCUCAGGAUCCCCACUGACUCCUCCAUCCAGAAGGGCUUUAUCCGCCAGAGGCACAAGUGCCUGGAGUCCCAGAAGCAAGCUAACCAGCAGCUGCCUGACCUUCGGCUGAACCCGUGUGUCCAGAACAAAGGCCCAGAUGCCAGGUCCCAGAUCUGGGCCUUUAGCUACACCCAUCAGAUCCUGCAGGACAGCCUAUGUCUGACUGUCGUGGGCCUUUUCCCUGGCGCCCCUGUGUUGCUGCAGCUUUGCAGGACAGGAGAUGACAGGCAGCACUGGACCAAAUCUGGCUCCCACCUGGAGAACAAGGCUUCCCAGAUGUGCCUGGACACAGACCCCCUGGCGUCGGAGCCCAGCCGGGAGUUGGUAGUCGGCCCAUGUGAAACCUCGGUCCUGAGCCAGCAUUGGGACAUAUCCAGCUCCUGAGGGACCCAGGGGCCCCACAAGGAACUGCAUUGCAGAUCCGCCUUGACCGCAGACCCAGCGAGCCAGGAGCAACUAACUCUGGAGGACAGAAACCAGAUGCCAACUCUGUGGGUCCCACGCUGAGCCCUGAGCUCUGUCCCUGCUGACUUCCUGUCCAGGAGUGGAAGUGAUGGGAAGAAGGUUUGACCUUUCCUCUGUCCCACAAGAGACCAGAGAGGAGCGUGUCCCUGUCCCUCCAUGCCAGGGCUGGGCCUCCAGCGAAGGGCAGUGCCAGGGGCACCAAUAAAGAUGGCCUUGGAGUUUU